UUUUAAUUACCACUAUAAAUAACACGCAUUAUUCAAUGUAAUAUAUUGACAUAAAUAUUUUCUAAUGUCCCAUAAAUGAUGUUUUUCUACACGCAGAAGAAUUCGUGUAAAUUAGAAUAGUCUUUUUAAAAGUGUUGGCGGCAGCCUAGUUUUGGUUUAAUGCUACUACAAUUCCAUUUGUGUUGUAUUAAACCAAGAGCGGAAGUAAUUGUAAGGGGUAGGAGGUACGCACGUCACAUUGUUGAUGAAGAAAUAUGCGGUCGCCUGACACUCAAACAAAUGAUCGGAGAUCGUGUUGAUUUUUAAUCCGUUUAUUUUGACAAGAAUGACCGAUGAAAGUAAAUUCUUUGUAGAUGGGAAUUUUAGGGUCGCACAUAUUGAAUGGGAAUCCAUGGAAGAGAGAUGCAUGUGAGUUUUGUCCUGAAAUGCCUUACUGCAGUUGCGAUUACUUCGUUUCUGGUAGGUCCUAUUGUUGUUAGAACAGCAAUGAAUUAUGCAUACAACAACUACACUCUGGGUCCUUGCAAUUUUACCGAUAGAGAGGGUUUUGCAUCAGCAUGUGACUUCGACCUGCAUUAUCCUGAAGGCAAUCUAUCCAUGUUCAACUGGGAACUUGGAUGUGGCGAAGGUGCCUUCUGGGCUGGAGGCCCACCCGUUGACAACAAUAGCACGGCUAAAGGUGGUUAUGCCUUCAUGGAUUUAUCGAGAAUGUCGAGCGAUGAGACUGGAUUAAUCCACAGAGCUUGGUUGCCAACACAUCUACUAAAUGCUACCUCACCAAAAGGCAAAUGCCUUCGUUUCAGCUACAGCAUUGAUGGUUUGUCGGUAGGUGGUUUUAGAAUAUUGGUGAAUGCAACAGAUGUUACCUAUACCAUAUGGGAGACCAAAGAUUCUACUGGGGGAGAGUGGGAAAGUGGAAAGGUGUCCUUCACUUGCGAAACACCUUACAGAUUGGUAAUGGAAGCCUUUCCAAGAGAAACGUACUUAAAAAGAAGGGGAUACGUUGCCGUCGACGACUUUCAUUUAGUCGAUGGAUUUUGUGGAAGUGAUUGUACUUUCGAACACGAUUUCUGUAACUGGACGAACUCAAAUACUAGCGAUGAAUUUGAUUGGAAGAUGGGAAGAGGCAGCAGCAGUUCUGUAACUGGCCCAUCCCGAGAUCAUGGAAGCAGUGUCACAUGGAGGGAGACAGGUGGUUAUGCAUACAUAGAUUCUGCUUAUCCAAACAGACCUGGCGAUAAAGCUCAACUUUGGAGUCCAGUUCUAAAUCAACAUGGAAAUGGAAGUGCCCUUUGUUUAAGCUUCUGGACGUCACUUUAUGGGUCAGGCGUCGGGGCCUUAAGAGUUUACAUGUACGAUAACACUACGAAUGCAACGGGAGACCCCAUAUGGGAACUCUACUCGGGUACCCGUACACCUGACCAGUGGUAUAAAGGAGAAGUGCCACUUUCACUUCCAAGGCCAUUUAGGGUUAUAUUUGAAGCAGAAAUCAAUUUGCCUGGAGAGAGUGAUAUUGCUAUUGAUGAUAUUGCUUUAAACAAUGGAUCAUGUCCAAGUAUUCCAAGAGAAGCUAGUAAAUCAGGUGAUUGUGCAUUCAUAGUCGAUUCCUGUGGUUGGAGGGAGAUGGACACAAAAACGAGACCAGAGAGUCCCCCAAUGUGGGGACGAGUUACUGGAGAUGGGACAGUUCUCAGUCCUGAUGGCCAUACAUCAAUGGCUGGAGUCACUAGACAAGAUUCUUACAUGAUGUUCAAUACUGCCAGUUAUCAGCACGCACCACUGGACAAGGGUCAACUAAUCAGUCCUGAAAUUCCUCACUCGAACUUCACCUACUGUUUCAGUUUCUGGACUUAUAUGUAUUCGAGUACAGCCGGUGUGCCCAUUGGAGGACUUGUAGUGAAGCUCAAAAAACAUGAUAAUACGACAGUCAACUUGUGGAGAUUAGAUAAUCAUCAAGCAUCACACUGGGUAUUUUCACAAAUGCCACUACCAGCUCAUCUGAAUGUUACCGAAAGGUUAAUCAUUGAAGCUAUUAAAGGAGGGGACACUAGAGCAGCUAUCGCCGUGGAUGACAUUACCUUUACUACACCUCAUAAUUGUACUGUUAAACCCGCAAAAGCUUCCGUUCAUUUAGGUGACUGUGCAUUUGAUCGAGAAUUAUGUGGUUGGCAAGUAGUGAAUUCAUCUGCAACUGGGCCAAAAUGGCGCUUGCCAGCUGGCAACACUAAGCCCGCUACAGUCAAAGAUCACACAUACCAAGUUCUUGGUGAUGGAUUCGUCUACAUGGACAUCUUUUCGGCUCCAUCUCCAAUAAGCAGUACAUUGCAAAGUCCUACACUUUAUGGGAACCCUAACAUUACUUACUGUCUCAGCUUUUGGUACCUUGCCCUUGAAACUGAGGAGGGUGCUUCUCUGAUGAUAAAGGCUCUCUUUAACAAUUCUCACCAGGAAGUAUGGAAAUUAUCUAGGGACACUACUCUACAAACACAUUACAAUUUUGGACAGGUGAACAUGACGAUACCGGCAAACUUCACGGUUGCCUUUGUUAGUACUGUCCAAAAAUCAGGUUGGGUACUGGAUGAUAUAAAAUUUUCCGCUGCACGCAUUUCAAAUGUUACAACAUGUGCAUUGAGACCACCUAGAGCGAAAAUUGAAUGAAACGGAAAAACUCCUAGAGUUCAAGUUCUUCAAAUUAAAAUUUGUCCUGGAGAAAUGGACAAAAGUACUCUGAAGAAAGUUUAGGAAAAAUUUAAAAACAUCAUUAAUUCCAGAAGAAGAACUGAAAUGUGUCGCAAUCUUAACACUUGGACAAAUACAUUCUACGCACAUCAAAUCAUUUAAAUCUGCAAUUGUUUGCAUCCUCUCUUUCACGCUUAUAGCUCUCCAUUUUCAUUUCAUUUUUUAUUAUGAAAACAAUUUGAUAUUUUAUGUUUUAUAAGAAGAUUGAUUGCGUUGAGUCAAGAAAAUUACGUAGAUGAAAGCAUUUUCAAAAAUGAUUGAGUUUAGUACCCAAUACAAAUUUAAAUAGUUCAAAAGGACUAUUAUGUUUGUACAAGGUGUUCUGUAAUCAUUAAUCUUAAUGUACAUUUUUAGAAUCUUUAGUCAAAAAUGGAGACAAAUUAAUACUUAGUCAUAAACUAUUUUUAAAGUGAGGAUAAACAAAAUCAUACGAAUCGCUACUUAGAAAGAAAGGAAUUAAAACCUCAAAAUCUGUUUGACUGACUAAUGAAACAGAGAUCUAAAAUUCAAUUAUUCGGAACACCUCUAAGUUUCAUCAGGCAUCAGACUGGUUCCCUCUUUUAAUUUCUGCUUGUAAGUCUUAUUCUGCCUUCCUCAUCAGCGAUUCAACGAAAUUUGAUUGUGUUUUUGCUUUUUCCUCGUCAAAAUAUAAAUUUCAAGCCGCAAAUAACCAUAUAUUUUUACUUUAAUUUUGACGUAGAUUCUUAUAAUAUACAGGGUUAUUCAUAAUUCCCUCGGCCUGUAAACGCCAUUUU